AUGAGUCCUCCAUUACCAUCGCUGACCCCGACAUGGCACAAUGCCUCCUACCCAGCCAUCUCGCCCCUGCGCCCCGAGCUGACUACUGCUGGCAAAGUUGUGAUUAUCACCGGCGCGGGAAGUGGAAUCGGCCGCGCAACUGCACAGUCGUUUGCCAAAGCAGGAGCCCAGAGAAUUGUGCUGAUCGGGCGAAACGAGCACACCCUCCGGGAGACUGAGAAAACUCUCUCCUGUAGCACCUCGGUCCAGGUAGCCGACGUGACUGAUGAGAAAGCACUGAGUGCCAUUGCCGCCGCCAUCGGACAAUGGGACGUGAUCAUCCUGGCUGCGGGCCACAUCUCCCCCCCGGCGCCCAUCAAGGAUUCGUCGGUGGAAGACUGGUGGCAGAAUUUUGAGACGAAUGUCAAGGGCACCAUGACAGCGUCGCGGGUGUUCCUUCCCACAGCCAAUGCAGAUCAUGCAGCCAUCAUUGCUCUGACUGCCGCUGUGGUGUUCCCAGCCGCUCGACUGCGCAACCUGUCGGGGUACAUCACUUCCAAACUGGCAGUGAUCAAGUUCGUCGAGUUCUUGGCCGCAGAAACCCCUAAUCUCUUCGCUGUUGCACUGCAUCCGGGAAUGAUUGAUACAAAGGUGUUUCGUGGAUCUGGUGCCGACCCCAGCAAACUCCCCAUGGAUACAGCUGAUCUGCCAGGAGACUUCAUGGUCUGGCUGACCAGUGCCGAAGCCGACUUCUUGAACGGUCGCUCCGUAUGGGCCAAUUGGGACGUCGACGAGCUCAAGGCCAAGGCAAACGAGAUCAACUCGGGUCUCUUACUGACCGCGGGUGUGUACGGCUGGCCGUUUGAAUCCUCUUAA